ACUAAGCAUUUCCUUACUUUUUCACUCUCUCUCUUAACAUCCUAAAAUGAAUUGGACCCGGGGCCGGAUUAUUGGCCAGGGGUCAAGUGCCACUGUCACUAUUGCCACGGAUGACCUGACCGGUGAAGUCUUUGCGGUGAAGUCAGCUGAGGUCUCAAAUUCAGAAUUGCUCAAAAGGGAACAGAGAAUUUUGUCUACAAUAAUGUGUCCUCAAAUUGUGGCAUACAAGGGGUGUGACAUUUCAUAUGAGAAUGGUAAGCUUCUAUAUAAUCUUUUCUUGGAGUAUGCAUCCAGAGGCACACUUAUUGAUACAAUUCAUCUGCACGGUGAUAAUAAUGGUGGUUUAGAUGAGAUUCAAAUCAAAUCAUAUACUCAGACGAUAUUACAAGGGUUAGAAUUCCUUCACUCUAAAGGAAUAGUGCAUUGUGACAUCAAAGGUCAGAAUGUUUUGAUCACUUGUGGUGAUGGGGCAAAAAUUUGUGACUUGGGUUGUGCUAGGCAGGUUGAUGAGGCGUCACAUGUUGAUUGGUCUUCAAGUGUGCCAAUCAAUGGCACACCUAUCUACAUGGCACCUGAGGUGGCCCGUGGCGAAGAACAGAACUUCCCUGCUGACGUGUGGGCUCUUGGAUGCACAGUUAUCGAGAUGGCCACCGGGUGUGCUACAUGGGUUAAUUCAUCCGAUCCGGUAUCCGUUCUUUAUAGAACUGGGUUCUCAGAUGAUGUUCCCGAAAUUCCUGAGUUCAUGUCAAAACAAGGUAAAGAUUUUCUGGACAAGUGCUUGAAAAGAGACCCAUCGGAAAGAUGGGCAGCCAGUGAACUUCUGAAACAUGACUUUCUGAAGCAACAGAACUUGGAGACCCCAACAAGUGUAUUGAAUCAAGGCUUGUGGCUUUCAAUGGAAGAAGGGCUAGAAGAGAGAACUUGGAAUUCGAACCACAAAAGCAAUUCAACUUCUCCAAAGGAAAGAAUCUGGCAAUUGAGUGAAGCAAGCUCAGAAAAAUCCAACUGGGUCUGGGAUGAAACUUGGGUCACAGUGAGGAGCAGCAGUGGCAUCAAAGAGCCAGAGGAGGCCACGACGAGCCAGAAUUGGUUCUUGUCAUGCGACAAUGAAGCCACAAGUGCUAGCCACAACUCGCAUCUUCCUAAUGAUACCACUAGAAUUGGAAUCAGUGUGAUAAAUACAUGUAACGGCAAUAGCAGUAAGAAUGAAAAAGGCUCUCAGAUGCCAUGUAAAUGUGUAAAUGACAGAAUAUGCAGAAUUCUAAGUUCAAGGAAGAAAAUACUUGGUCUUUCAAUUAUAUAUUCUCUACUAAAUCCUCCUUGACUCUGUUCUUUUGUCCAACUUUUAAGCUUGGCUAAGAGCAAUUUAUUUUGCUGGCUCAUAUGGGUUCCAAAUUCAAUAU